AUGCUCUGCGCCCUAUGCUCUGCGCCCUAUGCUCUGCGCCCUAUGCUCUGCGCUCUAUGCUCUGCGCCCUAUGCUCUGCGCUCUAUGCUCUGCGCCCUAUGCUCUGCGCCCUAUGCUCUGCGCCCUAUGCUCUGCGCCCUAUGCUCUGCGCUCUAUGCUCUGCGCCCUAUGCUCUGCGCCCUAUGCUCUGCGCCCUAUGCUCUGCGCCCUAUGCUCUGCGCUCUAUGCUCUGCGCCCUAUGCUCUGCGCCCUAUGCUCUGCGCCCUAUGCUCUGCGCUCUAUGCUCUGCGCCCUAUGCUCUGCGCUCUAUGCUCUGCGCUCUAUGCUCUGCGCCCUAUGCUCUGCGCUCUAUGCUCUGCGCUCUAUGCUCUGCGCCCUAUGCUCUGCGCUCUAUGCUCUGCGCCCUAUGCUCUGCGCCCUAUGCUCUGCGCCCUAUGCUCUGCGCUCUAUGCUCUGCGCUCUAUGCUCUGCGCCCUAUGCUCUGCGCUCUAUGCUCUGCGCUCUAUGCUCUGCGCUCUAUGCUCUGCGCUCUAUGCUCUGCGCUCUAUGCUCUGCGCUCUAUGCUCUGCGCUCUAUGCUCUGCGCUCUAUGCUCUGGUUCCUAUUCCCCUUCUCGCCAAACCUCCACCCGUCCCCGCCCCAACCCCUACCCCUCAUGGUUGUCCCCUUCCUCCCUUUCCCCCACCCGUUUUCUUCCUCCCGCACGAGGCAGGGAGGGAGGGCAGGAGAAAGGAAUUUGCGGGGGGGGUAUCGUCCACUGCUGCAUGUCUCAACCUCUCACGUGUGUCCCGCCCUUCCCCCUCUCCCCCUCGCCCCCUCUCCCCCUCCUCCUUCCUUUCUCUCUGCCCGCCGCGCCCUUCCCCCGUUCCUCCUCGCAGGGGGGGUGGCGCGCAACAUAGCGGAGUGCAUGGCAGCACUCUCCGCCGCGCCCUUCCUCAUCUCCGCCGUGGGGGAUGACGCUGCAGGCAGUGACUACACUGAAGAAUUUUCUGGCCCUGGUGGGGAAGGGAAGGGCAGGACAGGGAGGGAAAGGCAGGGACUGGGAGGGCAGGUGGGAACGGGGCAGAGGGUGGGGGGAAGGAGGGCUGAGGGUGGUGGGAAGGAGAGUAAGAGGAAGGGGAUGGGAGGAAGCAGGGAAGCGGAUGGGGGGAAGCAGGGAAGGGGAUGGGGGGAAGCAGGGAAGGGGAUGGGGGGAAGCAGGGAAGGGGAUGGGGGGAAGCAGGGAAGGGGAUGUGGGGAAGCAGGGAGGGGGAUGGGGAGAAGCAGGGAGGGGGAUGGGGGGAAGCAGGGAGGGGGAUGGGGGGAAGCAGGGAAGGGGAUGGGGGGAAGCAGAGAAGGGGAUGGGGGGAAGCAGGGAGGAGGAUGGGGGGAAGCAGGGAAGGGGAUGGGGGGAAGCAGGGAGGGGGAUGGGGGGAAUCAGGGAGGGGGAUGGGGGGAAGCAGAGAAGGGGAUGGGGGGAAGCAGGGAGGAGGAUGGGGGGAAGCAGGGAAGGGGAUGGGGGGAAGCAGGGAGGGGGAUGGGGGGAAGCAGGGAGGGGGAUGGGGGGAAGCAGGGAAGGGGAUGGGGCCAAGCAGGGAAGGGGAUGGGGGGAAGCAGAGAGGGGGAUGGGGGGAAGCAGGGAGGAGGAUGGGGGGAAGCAGGGAAGGGGAUGGGGGGAAGCAGGGAGGAGGAUGGGGGGAAGCAGGGAAGGGGAUGGGGGGAAGCAGGGAGGAGGAUGGGGGGAAGCAGGGAAGGAGAUAAGGGGAAGCAGUACCCGCUCUCACCCUCUGUCUCUCACUCUCUGGGACCCCCCCCUCUGUUCCUCCCCCUCCGUCCUUCCCCUGCUGUCUCUCCCCCUCUUCCCUUCACCCUCUGUCUCUCACUCUCUGCCCCUCCCCCUCUGUUCCUCCCCCUCCGUCCUUCCCCUUCUGUCUCUCCCCGUCUGCCCUUCACCCUCUGUCUCUCCACCUGUGUCCUUCCCCCCGUGUCUCUCCCCCUCUGUCCUUAG